AAAAAGACUGCUGCAGAGUAUCUCAGAACUCAUAAGAAAUGGGAGGCAAUAUGGGGGGAUUAUAUGGAUUAGUUGUUAUUUUGUUGUGGACAGUGAGUGUUAGGGGACAAGAUGUAGGUUCCGUUAUCAGCAAGUCCAUGUUUGAAGAUUUCUUAAAGCAUCGGAAUGAUGACAUCUGUCCGGCCAAAGGCUUCUAUACAUAUGAAGCUUUUAUUGACGCUGCCAAGUCCUUUGGUGCUUUCGGAACCUCUGGUGACCCUGACACUCAGAAAAGAGAGGUCGCUGCCUUCUUUGCUCAAACCUCACACGAGACGACUGGUGGAGGACCAAGUUUACCUGAUGGACCAUAUGCAUGGGGAUACUGCUUCAAGGAGGAACAAAACCCGACAGAUUACUGUGUUGCAGAUCCAGAAUGGCCCUGCGUUCCAAAUAAGAACUAUCACGGCCGUGGUCCUAUUCAAAUCUCCUACAACUAUAACUAUGGACCAGCUGGAAAAGCAAUAGACUAUGAUCUUUUAGGCAACCCGGAUUUGGUGGCAAGCGACCCUACCGUUUCAUUCAAGACCGCACUCUGGUUCUGGAUGACACCGCAGUCCCUCAAACCAUCUAGCCAUGAUGUUAUCACCGGAGUGUGGAAACCAUCAGAAGCAGACUCUGCAGCUGGGAGGGUUCCUGGCUAUGGAGUGGUAACAAACAUUAUCAACGGCAUUGAAUGUGGUAAAGGGUCCAACUCAGGUGGUGAGGGGCGGAUCGGCUUCUAUAAGAGAUACUGCUCCAUUCUUGGCAUUAGCCCCGGGGAAAACCUGGACUGCUACAACCAGAAGCCUUUUGGCGCCUGAUUUAUUUCCCAUAUACAACUAAUUAUAUGAUAAGCUUCCCACAGAAUAAAAAUCAACAUGUACUACUUGUUACUCUAAUCAAAUAUAAUCAUGUAUUCUUGACUGAUGUGUGUGAGAA